CCCUGCUCCAAAAAACUAUCUCCUUUUUUUCUAUCUUCCAAUUAAAGUUUCAAGCUUUACGCCUUCUCCUCUAUUCACGUUCUUCCGUUAUCUCCUUCUUCCUCCAUUGCCCUGUCCUGCCCUGGCCUGUUCUGUAAGUAAACUUCCAAUUUUGCUAGGGCAUAGAUCUUUCAUUUGUUCUAAUAUCAACACGGUUGUUAAUUCUCCUUCUAUGCAAUUUUAGUUUUAUUAAUUUGGGAUCUUUUAUUCGUACCCCUUUUGUUUGGGAUCCGAUUAAUUAUUAUUGGGGAUUCUCUCAUCGAGGAAUUCUCUGUGAAUAGAUUUCUGGGUUGUUUGUGAUAUUAAACAUGGUGGAAUCAAUUGCUGCUGCUACAUCCCUUCUAGGGCACAGGCCAAUAUGUGGAGGGUUUUGCUUUAAAUACGUAUCUGCAAAAACUAGACCAUUAUUAUUAUUAUCAUCUUCACCUUCUCUUCGGUCAAGAUCGAGAUUUGUAGUGAAAUCCCAGGCCACGGAAUUGACUAAGAAGGAGGCUUUUAAGUCUAGGGAAGGAGAUCUAAGAAGAUCUGUUUCCGGUUUAGAUAGAAAACCCAUGUUAUGGCCGCCGGAGAAUAGGGCAGAUAACUCAUCAUUACACAAUCCUUUGCUCCGGCAAGAAAGGAUGGGUUGUGGUUGGUUAAGUGCGAUAUUUGAAUGGGAAGGGGUGUUGAUUGAGGAUAACCCUGAAUUAGAGAAGCAAGCAUGGCUUGUUCUUUCUCAGGAAGAAGGUAAAUCUCCUCCCCCAGCUUUCAUCCUUUCUAGAAUCGAAGGAAUGAAAACCGAGCAGGCUAUUACCGAAGUACUCUGUUGGUCCAGAGAUACUUCACAGGUUAAAAGGAUGGCCAACAGGAAAGAAGAGAUUUAUCAAGGCUUUCAAGGUGGAAUUUAUAGGUUUAGGCCUGGAUCAGAAGAGUUCGUCAAUGUCCUGCUUAACCAAAAGAUACCAAUGGCUUUGGUUUCCACCCGUCCAAGAGAAGUUCUCGAAACAGCAAUCGGAUCCAUUGGAAUUGAGGGUGUCUUCACCGUAAUCGUGGCUGCAGAGGAUGUUCAUAGAGGUAAGCCAGAUCCUGAGAUGUUCAUGUACGCAGCUCAGCUCUUGAGUUUCAUACCCGACAGGUGUAUUGUUUUUGGAAACUCUAAUCAGACUGUUGAGGCUGCUCAUGAUGCCCGGAUGAAAUGUGUGGCUGUCGCCAGCAAACAUCCUGUCUAUGAACUAGCUGCUGCUGACAUGGUGGUCAGACGUUUGGAUGAGCUCACCAUCGUUGACCUGAAGAAUCUUGCUGAUCUAGAGUCUCCUGAAUUUGGUUCAGGGGAGCCGGAGUUGGAAAUGGAGAUGGAAGCUGAAGAUGAACCAGGUUCAUCUACUUCAAUUGCUACUCUUGAUGAUUUCUGGUAAUAUUAUUAUCUCAAACAAAAAAAAUGUACAGAACUGGAUAGGAUAAGAGCAUUUGAUGAACAUUAUCAUCAUCUCUGUAAUGUUAUCUAUACUUCUUGUGAAUAUAUAUAAAUCAUCAUUUCUGGA